AUGCUAGAGGGUUUUGCAGGAGUUUCCCCAUUUCUGGACCAAUCGGCUACUAGAUGUAGUGAUGAUGCAGAAUGCAAUGUCUGGAGAAAAAUAGUUCGUGUUUCAGAAUUAACUCUGGACCCUCCAGAGGGAAUUAUUGCUGGACCUGUUAGUGAAGACAACUUCUUCGAAUGGGAAUGUUUAAUCACAGGUCCCGAUGAGACAUGCUUUGCAAACGGUGUAUUUCCAGCAAAAAUUAUUUUCCCUCAGGAUUACCCACUCUCACCGCCAAAAAUGCAGUUUCUUUGUGAUAUCUUCCAUCCGAACAUUUACCCUGAUGGCCGUGUAUGCAUCAGCAUCCUUCAUGCUCCUGGUGAUGAUCCAACUGGUUAUGAAUCGAGUGCUGAACGAUGGUCACCAGUGCAGUCUAUCGAAAAAAUAUUACUGUCUGUAGUAUCUAUGCUUGCUGGCAAAUUAGUGUUUUAUGAAAUUCAGUUUUCAGAACCAAACGAUGAAAGUGCUGCCAACGUAAACGCAGCAAAAAUGUGGCGUGAAAAUCGGCAACAAUUUGAACGUAUCGCCGAUAAUUUGGUGCGAAAGACCUUAUGCCUACCACCCAAUGACUCGUUGUAA